UUGCAGGGCGAAGCGAAACCAAAGGUGUUAAGAAAUGAUGGGCAGGAUAUGAUUUUAAGGCCGUACAGCAAAGAGCGAAGCAACAGAUGGUCAUUUUUUCAAAAAAGCCGAAAAAUGCCAAUUGUAAAUACGAAUUUUUGUGAUGUGUCGAUGAUAUCGGAUAAAAGCACCGAUUUGCUGGUUCCCAAACGUGCUGAAAGCAAGUUCUUUUAUUUUUCUCCUUUCGUGUAUUUUGGUAGUGAAGGUGCGGAAACAUUGGAUUCUCCGCCUGUGUACCCUCAACUUCCGUCAGCAAUCAGUGAGCAUGGUUCAAAUGGCAAUGGAACUGGCACCGUUAGAGUGAAUGGAAAAAACACUAAUUCAGAUAGUAAAACUCACGAAAUGCCAAAAAGUAAAUUCAGUCGGCAACAAAAUCCGCUUCGCAAAUUGCUCGAUUCUUCUGGAGCGGAAACGAUCCGACAAAAUCGUCGCCUCGCACGAGAUGAGCACGACUGGUUAGCUGCUGUGGUCGAGCGUUCUUUUUUUAUCGUUUUCCUUUUGAUGUAUACGUUUGUUACCGUUGGCAUCAGCGCCAUUGGUUUCUAUUACUGGUCGUCCGUUGAUUACAUCACCAAUCAUUACAAGCAAUGA